UUCAGAUUUUCCGUUCAUGUUGUUUUUGAAUAAUUAUUGUUUGCAAUUUAUUUUACAAUUUACUAUUAAUUUGUUUUACUUGUUUUUAAUCGAAACCUGAAGAUGACGUCCGUUACAGACAUAUUAAAUUUGAACAAACUUGAAAUAUUCCAAACAUUAAAGAAACAGUUGGAGAAAAACGGAUCAGACUCGAUUCAAAAUUUGAUAGCUUACAAGGAUCAAUUAUUGUACGUGUGGAACUCGGAAGAAUGCUGCUUGUAUUCAAUACUUUUGUCCACUGUUCACGAAAAAAAUCCUUUGUAUAAGAAACUCUUUCCCGGCACCCCACCACUGUUCGACGUGGACGAAAUAUUGAUCAACGAGCCGGGCACCCUGUGCGCCCUAGUGGGCUCGAAAGGCGUUUUGGUGAUGAGAUUCCCGAAUCGGAUGGGCUCCAAGUCAUUGUAUGACAGCGGCGGAGGUGGUAUAACGUGCAGCACGUCUCUCCUGCAAGACAGAUUCUUCGUAUCCAGACACUUGACGGGCGUAAAACGAGUCCGGUGGUAUCCGGGUAGCCCCGAAGACAAUCAUCUCGUGGUUUUGACCAACGACAAGAACUGUUUGCGGCUGUUCAAGGUGGAAAAUAAUUCUGGCAAAUUGGUGUCCGUGUGGCAGUUGGGACCGCAUACUUCUCGCAUGUCGGCUUCGCUGGGAGACACGGCCGUCGAUUUCGACUUUGCCGCUCCGAUACUGCUGGGAGACCGAACCCGGUCCGAACCGUCUAUCGUUUGGCCCAUUCUCGUGUUACAAGGAAACGGCGAAGUGUUGUGCUUGAACACGACCGUCGACGAAUCCAUGACCAUUCAGUCGGCCAAAAUAACCGGCCCGUUGACCAUGUACCCGCCGGCCGACGACAACUACAGCGAAGACGCUUGUUCCAUACUAGUCUUGGACACCGUACCCCCGUCCGUGAUCAUCGCCUCCAGCUUUGGCGAACUCUACAACUGUCUGCUGUUGCCCGUCGCUCAGAACAAAGACGACGAGUACACGUCCAGCGACAAGCAGUUGGAGUACAGCUUGCACAUCAUCGAGACCAUCGAGCUGGAAUUGGGGCUGGACGUGACCGCCAACGACGACGAAUACGAUAGCUCGACUGUGUUGCAGUUGAAAAAGGACACGUCCGUCAGUUCGAGGUACUGGUGUUUGCAUAACACUGGUGUACAUUCGGUUACCGUACCGUUAGACGAGUUGCUGGACGAGUUCUCCAAAACCGAUACCGACGAUAAACACCUCGGUUCGCCGGACUUACACGGUCAAAGUUUUGUGGAGUACUACAUUUGUACGGGACUCAUGAACGGCGAGACGAAGCCAGUUAAAGGAUUCGCCGUGGUCAACUUCCCCACCGACUUGCUGGUGACUUUGUUGAGUAGCGGAGAGAUUGUCACUCAGUCUAUACCGGACUAUACUCAUAAUAAGUCGUCCAUCGCCAACUUGUACAUGACCGAAAACGAAACGGCCCUGGAAGAUCAGAUAGACUUGGUCGAUAAUAACGAUCAGAACAACUUUAGUUCAUUCAUAUCAUCUAUCUUGCAAAGAGGCGGGGGAUCUAAAAACACCCUUCUGAAAUUAGGGCCGAAACUUGCUCCUCACAUAGUGAUGCAGAUGGUACUACAAGCCAUGACUACAAUGCGAGAAGACACGUUAAAGAAACACAAAACGGUAUCUGAAGAAAUUGAACGUAGAGUGCGAAUGUUGAGCAAAGCUAAAGAAAGGCAACUGUUAGAAAUGAAACAAUUAGAAGAGGCUCGACAAAAAUUACAAAACGAUGUGGAGAACAAAGCUGAAAAAUUAGAUGAAAUUGCAAACAAGCAAGAAGAGUUGACCAAAAGAGCAUCUGCAGUACUUAUGAGACUAGUUUCCGUAGCGCCUGAAAGCAUAUCUACCAAGAAAAAACGAGAGUUGCUGGAGAUGUACAAAUCCAAAAUGGAGAUUAUGAACAAACGUAUCGAAGAGGCCAGAGAUAAGUGGAAUGUUGUUCAACAGGAAUCAACGUCCUCGGCACGACAAACGUCAGGAAAUCGUUCAUUUAGGCUAACCCUUGAACAAGAACUGGUCAUCAAAGGCAACUUAUCUGAAAUGGGAUCUACCAUAUUAGAGCUAGAAAAGAAAAUCAGAGACCUCCGAACAGUAAUCAAUUCAUUCGCUAAUUAAUAUAUACCUACUGUCUAAUGUGAGAUUGUUCAGUUCAUGAAUAUUCCAUUUUCUAUUUAACAUUUUUGUUCAUAAUAUUAUUCAUUAAUUCUUAAAAGUAUUUUGCAUUAUAAUUAAUUUUGUGUACCGCAUAUAAGUUAACCCCUUUUAUCGACAAUAAAAACCGAUUAUGUUGUAUA